AUGUUUGCUUUAUUUUUCAAAAUCCAUUAUUUGGCGGAAGUACGGAAUACAUGCACACACACACACACACACACACACACACACAUACACACACACAUACACACAUACACAACACACAUACACACACAUACACAAGCUCACAUACAACAUACGCAAACACAUACAUGCAGACACAUGCAUACACAUACACAGAUACACACAUACAUGCACACAUAUAAGCCACACGCGCAACACAAACACACACGCGCAUACACAUAUACACACACAUAUAUAUGUACACACACAUACACAUCACACAUGCACACAUACAUGCGCAUACACACACGCAUGCAACAUACACGUAUAUAG